UCUCACCAGAGAGGCACAAGUGCUCCGUCCCCUCCAGCGGCAGGCGAAAGGAAGAGAAAGGGUCUGUUGUUUUUCUCUCCUUGUUUCCCUCUCCCUCUCUGCUGAUCACCAAGCGGCUGACCGGGUCAGAAAGCCCUGAUGGAAACCUUCCAGGGCUGGGCAGGCCACCUCUGCUCCAGGGAGCUUGUCGUUGACUAAUUUUUCUUUGUCUUGAUGGGAAAAAAGAAAGGGAAAGAAGAAAAAAAGAAAAACCACAAACUUCCUUUGAAAACCAGCUUGUAAUCAGGGCCUGGAGCGCAAACCUAGACUCGGCGACUCAGGAAUCCUGAAGACCCUGGGAGCUACCCGGGAGCACCCGGACUGUGCCCGGGCCGGGCCCCCCUCCGCCCCUUCCCAGGUCGGGCAGGCGUGGGCGUGAGUCCGGAAGCAGCCGCAACCCAGCCGGGACGCCGCCUGUAAACCUGUGUAAGCUGUGGCGUUGACAGCUGGAAAGCCGCUGGGGCUGUGGCGGCGCCCCUCCUUGUUGCCCCUCCCCCAUCGAGUUGCCAGAACUGAACCUUCUUCUCAGUCCUGGAACAGCACCCACUUCUUUAAGGAGCUUCCCCAGUCCCCUAGGGCCCAACAGCCUGAGCUAGAUUUCUACUGUGUAAAGUGGAUUCCCUGGAAGGAAGAGCGGACACCCAUCAUCACCCAGAGCACAAAUGGCCCUUGCCCCCUCCUUGCUAUCAUGAACAUCCUCUUUCUUCAAUGGAAGGUGAAACUGCCCUCUCAGAAGGAAGUGAUCACAUCAGAUGAGCUCAUGGCCCAUCUUGGAGAUUGCCUCCUGUCCAUCAAGCCCCAGGAGAAGUCAGAGGGACUUCAGCUUAAUUUUCAACAGAAUGUGGACGAUGCUAUGACAGUGCUGCCUAAACUGGCUACAGGUCUGGAUGUCAAUGUGCGAUUCACAGGCGUCUCUGAUUUUGAGUAUACACCUGAGUGCAGUGUCUUUGACUUGCUAGGCAUACCUCUGUACCAUGGCUGGCUUGUUGAUCCACAGAGUCCUGAGGCUGUGAACGCGGUUGGGAAACUGAGUUACAAUCAACUAGUGGAAAAAAUCAUCACUUGCAAGCACUCCAGUGACACCAACCUUGUGACAGAAGGCCUGAUUGCGGAGCAGUUCCUGGAGACCACCGCGGCACAGCUGACCUACCACGGACUGUGUGAGCUGACAGCAGCCGCCAAGGAGGGUGAACUUAGUGUAUUUUUCCGAAACAACCACUUUAGCACUAUGACUAAGCACAAGAGUCACCUGUACCUACUGGUCACUGACCAGGGCUUUCUCCAGGAGGAGCAAGUGGUAUGGGAAAGCCUGCACAACGUGGAUGGAGACAGCUGCUUUUGUGACUCUGACUUCCACCUAAGUCAUUCCCUGGUCAAGGGGCCUGGAGCAGAAGGUGGGAGUGACUCCCCAGAAAAGCAGCGGCAGGUAGACCAGGACUACCUGAUUGCCUUGUCACUGCAGCAGCAGCAGCCACAAGGCACCUUGGCUCUUAGUGACUUGGAGCUGGCCCAGCAACUUCAGCAAGAGGAGUAUCAGCAGCAAGCCGUCCAGCCUGUGCAGACACGAGCCUCAUCACCACAGGGGAGAGGAGCCACAUCUGGACGCCCAGCCGGGGAGCGUAGGCAGAGGCCGAAGCAGGAGUCAGACUGUGUUCUCCUAUAGCUCAGCCCCAACGCCAGGCUGACCUGCCCCUUCUUUCAGAAGCUUCUCACUGACUAUAUUGCUUGCUCGCUUACCUCAACCCCUGAAAUAUGUGGGGUAAUUUAUUUAUGGACUGUUGGGGAGCAGAGCAGGUGGUAAAUGGCAAGGUCAGACUUGGUCAAGUCCUUGCCCUCACGUGCUGCUAUCUUUUCUUCCUCCCAACCAUGCAGGGCAACACUGGGGUUGGUGGGGUGAGGAUUUCUGAUCCCCAACUCCCUUUCCCCAGAAUAGUCACACUACUAUGCAGACUCAGGCUCCAGGGUGAGGUCCCUGACUAGAAUGCAUUUCCCUUCCUUCCCAUCCCUGACUAAUGGGAUCCUCCUGGCUAUCCAGCAGGCCUGUCUCCGUUUGUUUCUGAAUCUGAUUUGGAUUUCUAUCUCCAUUAUUUGUAAUGCCUUCCUAGGGGUUUGGAAAUAAAACUUCU